UGAGAAAAAGAGGAGGAAGAAGGGGAGAGGAGGGAGGGGAGAGGAGGGGCGGGGAGGCCAGGGCGGGAGGGUGGAAGCGGGAAGCUGGCUCGCCAGCCAGAGCCUUGGCCACUACUCGGCGGGCACACCACUGGAGGAACAGUACUGGUGCCCACCAUGGAGGCCCCCAGCCUGGUCCUUUGGCUGUUGCUGCUCCUGAGUCCCCCGCCCGCCCGCUCCCGGGGGGCCGCCUUCCUGGACGAGCUGGAGGGCAGCGGGGAGGCUGAGGCCCCCUCGCCCAGCCCCCCGGAGGCCGGCACACCCGCAGCCAGCCCCUCGCCCGGCCCGGGGCCCCCCACCAGCCUGCUGGAAGGCCUGGCCGACUUCUUCCGCCGACAGGCGCUGCUGGUGGCCGUGGUGGGCGCGCUGGCCCUGCUGCUGCUGGUCCUGGCCUGUGCCGCCGUGGUCACCCGCCAGCAGCGAGCCGCCGCCGCCUACUACCCCGCCGGCUUCCCGGAGAAGAAGUACGUGGACCGCAGCGACCCGGCCGGGGGACCCCGCGCCUUCAGCGAGCUCCCCGCCACCAGCAGCCCCGCAGCCCGGCCGGGCGACGACUCCUCCCGCCGGCUGCAGGCCGACAUCCUGGCCGCCUCCCAGAGCCUGCGGUCCCCGCCCCGGGCCCGCGACGGGGAGCCCCAGGACCAGGGCCCGGCCACCGCGGAGGGGACCCCAGACGCCCCCCAAGAGCCCCGGGACCCACUGGCGGCUCCCUCCACAGCCCAAGAAGCCAGGGAGCCCACCGAUGCCCCUGAAAGCAGCCCCCGCACCUGACAGCCCCCCAGGACUGCUGCCCCCACGGUCGGACCCCCGGGGUCACCUCCACAGGCUUGGAAAGGCCCUGGUCCCUUGUGGCCCCCGACAGCCCUUCCUCUGCCACCCUCCCAGGCAAAGCUGCACCCCAGGACUCUGUAUGUUCCAGAAACAUCUGUCCUCGCAGCCCCCGCAGACUGCACCCCGAAACACAGAACCUGGUGCAGGGGAGAGGGCUGGGACCCUCAGAGCCAGACCAGCUGGGAGAGCCUCAUGGAAAUUCUCAAGGGGACAAAAGACCCCAAGCCUAGGAGACUCUGGCUCCCUGUCCCCUGCUCAGGGCAUUCUGGGGGUUUUUCUCUGGGAAGCCACCCCCCCCAACCUGGCUCUGCUUAGCUUCCUCCCUGCAUUUGUGUGUGUGUGUGUGGGGGGGGGAUGCUUUUCUUGUCUGUGUGCUUCGUUUUGCUUUUUCAGAACCACAGAGUGAAACCCUGCAGCUUCUGCUCUUGGGGCUCCCACUCUCAGUGUGUGGGGCAGGGUCCCCCACUUUCUGGUGGGGUCAGGCUGAAGGGGAUGGGACCCCAACAUCUCUGCUGGUGGGCAAGGGGAGCUUCUGGUCCUCUUUGACCACUGGGAUGGGCUCAGGGUGGCAGCUCUUCCUAGUAGGGGGGCGGAUGCCUAGCCCAGAGCAGGAGUAUCCUGGGCCUCAGCUCUUGCCUGUGUUCACUGUAUUUAGUCCUUGACAAGGGAGCCUGAGCUCCGUCCUGAACUAGGAAGGCCUGGUGGUGCUGGUGGUGGUGGGGGGGUGUAAUCCUCUUCCCACCCCUCUGUCUGCCCCCCCCCCCCCAAGCUCUACAGAAUGCUCCAGAUGGUAGACAACACAAACCAGCACAAUAAACUUUUAUUCUGA